ACCCUUCAAAUUAAGGGUUAUGUUUAAGUAGGAUAAUUGUGUUUCGAUUGGCAUUGCCUUUUUUGUUGUUGAUACCUGUUUAAGAGUAAAGCUGUAUGUAUCAGAUAAUGGGUCAUUGUUUUAUAGUAGAUAUGUUAAUAACUUUCUGUGUCUUACGUGAGUUGUGCGAUUUAAUUCGAUCAAUUCAUGUGAACUUUCUGCAUUUCUGCAGUCAGAAACGUCCAUAAGAUCUAUUAUUUCGAGGGUCGUAAUGAUUAAGCUUGGGAUUGGUUAAAUGACGUUCGUUAUGACAUGAGGAAUUGCAGGAAAUCUUCAUUUUUGACAUUGCAUAAGAAAUGGCAGUGGAUUUGGCAAGUGCAUUACCAGCUUCCUGCAUUACUAAAACCAAUAUAAGUUCCUUUUGUCGAAUAUGUGCAACUGCGGGUUCUGGUAAUUUGUUCUCAAUCUUCAGCCAGGAGGGUGAACUGUGGAAUGUAGCCGAGAAGAUUGGACGUUGUUUGCCAAUCAUUGUACUUCCAACAGAUACAUUGCCAUUAAACAUAUGUAUCCGAUGUCUGAUGAAACUCAACACAAGUUAUGAGUUAGUGAUUAUGGCUCUUAAUUCUGAAGCUGAACUUAAAGCUACAUUUGAUUUCACUGAAGACUCUUCUAUGCAGCUGGAGGCUGUUAAGGGUCAUCAUUUUACAGGUGUGUUUGUCAAACGAGAAGAGUCACCCAGUGAAAUGAAGCAGGAAAUGUUGCACACUAUUGAGGAAUUAACAACUGAAUAUGAAUGUGAAGUUGUUAUAUCCACUGAAACCAAAAUUAGUGAAAAGGCAGAAGUGGGAGAUUAUGUAAUGACUGAGUCUGAUUCCAGUACAUUCAAAGAGCAAAUUAAAAUUCCAGAGGAUGCAACUGGAUAUAAAGAAUCAGGAACAUUUGAAGAACAGAGUUACAAAUGCAGAACAGAUGUUGAUAUAAAAAGAAGUGAUGUAGAAUUACUUAUAAAAAAUCACAGUAUAAUCAGCAAUGACCAGUUGAAGUCUGUGAAAGUACCAUCACUGUCCAUUUAUGGACCAGCAAUAUGUGAUUUGUGUGAUGUGACAUUCACUGAUAUGGAUGAGUUUGAUAAUCAUGUUGCAGGUCAGCAUCUUCAAAAAUAUAAGUGGCAUUGCAUCCAUUGUGAUGAUAGCUUUGAGCAUUCACAAGAUCUUGUUAUGCACAAAGCAAUGACUCAUGGUGAAAAGCCAAUAUCUUGUGGGCAAUGCCGAGAAAAGAAAUUGGUUGAUGAAAAUACUGGAGAUGAAGGAAUUGAGGAAGAGUGGCUUGAAGAAAAUGAAACACAUGUUGAUGAAAACAAAAUUCCAGCUAACAACAGCAAAGAUAAUUCAGAAUUUUACUGUGAACUCUGUGAUAAGAGUUUCUGUGAUGAAACUAAAUUGAAGGAUCACUGCUUGGUUCACUCACCACUGUCUUUGGUGUGCAGUAAAUGUGGCCUCAAGUGCAGCUCAUCAUAUCAGUUGUCUGUUCAUAAGAAGAGCCAUUUGCGAAAUUUUAAAGAGAGGCAAUACGUUUGUGAAGUGUGCAGGAAAACGUUUCUGAAGCGCGUUAUGUACAACAUCCAUCGCCGACACUGUAGCAGCAAGCAGUACACAUGCAAUUUAUGUGACCGCACUUUCUGGCGGCAGUACAGCCUCCAGUUGCAUAUGAAGGUUCACAAUCAAGUGAAUAGACAAUAUGAGUGUGACUGUGGACAGAAGUUUGAUACACACAGCACAUUCCAAGCUCACAAGAAGACACAUGAGAGAGUAACCACAAUGAAAUGUGUCACAUGUGAAAAGGUGUUUACUAAUGAGACUUUCUACAAGAAGCACAGAUUUAUACAUGAUCCAGAAUACUGGGAUCGUUUCAAGUGCCAAACAUGCCAGCGCCCUUUCAGAGACGCUCAUGCACUUAAGAACCAUAUGCAGCUACAUGCUGGCAUGAAACCUCACAUGUGUGAUCUCUGUGGGCGUACCUACAACAGGUAUGCCAAUAUGUUGAAGCAUCGCAAACUACAUAAGCCACAGAAUCUUUGGGAACAUAACUGCACACACUGUGGGGCAAGAUUUGAGCAUUUGAAGGACCUUAUGUUUCAUAUGGAGCAAGCACACAUGAUUGGUGACCCAGCAGGAGAAGAUGCAGAAGGCAGGAAGUCAUCCAUGAAGUGGAUAUGUCGUUUCUGUGGAAAGCGUAUUUCUACAAAGCUCAGCCUUCUAGACCAUGAACAUAUCCAUACAGGAGCCAAACCUUAUAUUUGUGAGUGGUGUGGACGUGAAUUUCGUUCUCGACCGAACUUGUUGCAACAUCAUCUCACCCACACAGGUGAUCGGAAACAUGCUUGUGCAGUAUGUGGUAAACGAUUUGCACGCAAGUCAUUUGUUGUUCAGCAUAUGAGGAUACAUACAGGCGAAAAACCAUUUGAAUGUGAUAUCUGUGGCAAACGUUUUACACAGGCUGGGGAUAUGAGGCGACAUCGUGGACGUCACAUUGAACAGCAGAAGGAACAGGUUGAAUUAUUUGUACAAAUCCAAAAAUAAUGAAGGUGUAUUAAAAAUAAGAAAUUGUAAUUGCAAGGCUGCCACUUCUUCAUUUGUAAUAUUUUAUUUUUUAAGUGUUCCUGUUACCUGUAAUUAGUUAUUACAUACUGAUGCCACUUUAGUUUCUACUUGUUCUUUUUUCCUGCUGUACCAUUUGUUGUUUUUUGUAAUUCACUCUUUACAGUAUCAAGAGAUUGAGGGUUUUUUAUAACUUUGUAACUCUUCAUACAUAAUUACCAUGAUAUGUGAAUGUAGUCCGUUAUGGAAGUUUGAGAAAGAUCACUGUUUUUUUUUAAAUGAACUGGAGAGCAAUUGGGAAAAGAAGUUAUGCUUAGAAGAAGGUACCCAGGAGGUUAGAAGAGAUAUGGGAUUGUGGAAAGUGGGCAUCUGGAGAUUGAAGAGUGUUAGGAAAUGUAGAUCAGGGAAUGUGCCCUAUGUGAAAUAAAGGAGGAGGUUAAAGCCACAAACUGAGAUCUGAGAAAGCUAGAAGUUUGAGGGAAGAGCUUGUAGACGAAAGAUCCACAAUGAAUCAGAAGGAUAGCUACAAUUAAAGAUAAUGACAAACAGCAAAACACUGUAAAGGGAAAUAGGUAAGAUCAGUGAUGAAAUAUAAAUAAAACUGAGGGGUAAUAAAGAUGAGAGAUGUGGUAAGACUAAUGUUAAGAUAUUUUGAAGUGAACAUAAGACCAGAAAGUCAUAUCCAACAUUGUAAACUGUAACCAGCAUAUUUAAUAAAGAUCAAUGUCAUUUAAGCCAUA